AUGCAGGCAGCGCCGAUCUUCUCAGCUUUGAAACGAGGGGGGCAACGCUUGUCCGAUUUACAACGACAAUCCGACCGGUCUGAUAGUUCUGCAGACGCUACAGCACCCGACACCCCGCAGCCCCGAGAGGUAGUGUGCGACUACUUGGAGCUCUCGGCCACAGCUGAGGAGCUGCCAAACUUUCAUGGAGUCGGUCAGCAUUCUAAGAUGUACACCCUAAUCAUGUCCAUAACCUAUGGGUUUGGGCAGAAAACGGUAGCCACACUUCUCAACGACCGCUAG